AAUGGAGGAGACUGUGGAGGAAUCCAAGGAGGCUAUUUUAUACGUUAAUGGAGUCCGCAAAGUGUUGCCUGAUGGUUUAGCUCACUUGACUUUACUGGAGUACCUCAGAGGAUUUGUUGACGAAGCAAACUAUUGGUAAGGGAAGGAUCGAAGGAAGUCUUAUGUGCUUGAUGACAUACAGAAGAUAUAGUUUGUAUUAAUGGCAUACUUAGGAAAAUUGUCAUUAGCUUAUGAGUCUUAUUGUCGUUUUGGUCAACCAUCCAUGUCAACUUUACAAGCUAUGUAUUCCCAUUUAUCGCCUUUUAGUUUUGAUUGUGAAUCAUGCAAGUCUGCGAAACUACAUAGAGUGUCCUAUCAACCUUGAUUUAAUAAAAGAGAAAAGUUUCUUUUUGUUGUGAUUCAUUUUGACGUAAAGGUGCUUACACUAUUAUAUCGAAAUUUGGUUAUAGAUACUUUGUGACAUUUGUUGAUGAUUAUUCACAAGUUUGGCCGCUUGGAAUUAUUCUCUGCCUUCACUAUCUUUCAUGCAGAAAUAGAGAAUCAAUUCAGUAAGUCUAUAAAAAUUUUAUGAAGUUAUAAUGGGGGAGAGUAUUUUUCUAUUGAGUUUAUUCAAUAUCUAAAUGCAAAAGGUAUUUUUUAUCAGUCCUUGUCUACAGAUACCCCACAACAAAAUGAGGUUGCUAAAAGGAAGAAUUGUCAUUUGUUGGAAAUGGCUAGAGCUUUUUUGUUUCAAAUUAAGGUCCCUAAGGUGUUAUGGAGUGAAGCUGUCCUCAUAGCAUACUAUCUUAUAAAUCGUUUAUCGUCCUCGAUCCUUGAAGGGAAAGUUCUUUUUCAAGUAUUGUGUCUUGAUCAUCCCUUAUUUCCAAUCUCCCUCAAGGUGUUUGGGUGUGCAUGUUUUGUUCGUGACACUUGUCCGGGUCGUACUAUAUUAGACCCAUGUUCCCUUAAGUGUAUCUUCCUAGGUUAUUCACAUGUCUAGAAAAGGUAUCAAUGCUACUCUCCAGACCUGGGUUGCUUUAUUAUUUUGGCAGAUGUCGCAUUUCGUGAAUCGGUUCCUUUUCCUUUAGUACUACAGUCUCAUCCAUCAGCUAUCAUAUUAGAAGAAGAUUUUCUCAUGUAUCAAAUACAUAGUACACCGGUCAAUGCAUCUCCUUUUGAGGCAUGCCUCAAUACUCGAUUUGGUUGUACGUACACUAGAAGGACUUGCGUAGAUUUGCCUGCGGAAACUUCCCAUAUCGAGAUAGUCUAUCUGUCGAUGGAUCCACCUUGAGACACUAUAGCUGAGGAUGUAUUGAUUGCUCUAAGGAAAGGUGUUGGAUUGACAGGAACAAAGCUUGGCUGCGGUGAAGGUGGUUGCGGGGCUUGCACUGUGAUGAUUUCUCAUUAUGAUAGAAAACUGAGGAAAUGCGUGCAUUAUGCUGUCAAUGCAUGUUUGGCUCCUCUUUAUUCAGUAGAAGGAAUGCAUGUUAUUACAGUGGAAGGAGUUGGGAACCACAAACGUGGCUUGCAUCCCAUACAAGAAUCAUUGGCACGUUCUCAUGGCUCCCAAUGUGGAUUUUGUACUCCUGGAUUUAUCAUGUCACUGUAUGCAUUGUUGCGGUCAAGUCAAACACCUCCUACAGAAGAGCAAAUUGAAGAAUCUCUUGCUGGAAACUUAUGUCGUUGCACUGGUUACAGACCAAUUGUUGAUGCAUUUCGAGUUUUUGCCAAAACCAGUGAUGUGCUAUAUGCAGAUAUAUCUUCACUUAGCCUUCAGGAAGAUGAGUUUGUUUGUCCUUCAACGGGUAAGCCCUGUUCAUGUGGAUCGAAAACUGUAAAUGAUAUAGACACCAAUGGCCAAAUUAUUUGUAGUGCUAGUUAUAAACCUAUCUCUUACAGUGAGAUAGAUGGAAGCACAUAUACAGAUAAAGAACUUAUUUUUCCUCCUGAGCUGCUACUAAGGAAAUUAACUCCUUUAAAUUUGAGUGGAUUGGGAGGGCUUAAAUGGCAUCGCCCCUUAACGGUUAAACAUGUGCUUGAGUUGAAGGAGAAAUACCCAAAUGCGAAAUUGUUGAUAGGUAAUACUGAGGUUGGUAUUGAGAUGAGGUUGAAGAAAAUGCAGUAUAAAGUUUUGAUCUCUGUUUCACAUGUUCCUGAACUCAACAUGUUAAAUGUUAAGGAAGAUGGGAUAGAGAUAGGUGCUGCAGUAAGACUGACUGAACUCUUGAAUUUAUUUAGAGAGGUUGUCACUCAACGUCCUGCUCAUGAAACAUCUGCAUGCAAAGCCUUCAUUGAACAGUUGAAGUGGUUUGCUGGGACUCAAAUAAAAAAUGUUGCAUCUGUUGGAGGAAAUGUAUGUACGGCUAGUCCAAUUUCAGACUUGAACCCUCUCUGGAUGGCUGCAAGAGCAAAGUUUCAAAUCAUUAAUUUCAGUGGGAAUAUUAGAACUACUCUGGCAGAAAAUUUCUUCCUUGACUACCGAAAAGUGGAUUUGGUGGCUGAUGAAAUAUUAUUGUCAAUUUUCUUACCUUGGACUAGGCCCUUCGAGUAUGUCAAAGAAUUUAAGCAGGCACAUAGAAGAGAUGAUGAUAUUGCCAUUGUCAAUGCUGGAAUGCGGGUCUGUUUGGAGGAAAUAGGUGAAGAGUGGGUUGUUUCAGAUGCAUCAGUCGCUUAUGGUGGGGUAGCACCUCGCUCUUUAGGUGCAAUUAAAACAAAAGAAUUUUUAAUUGGAAAGAAAUGGAAUCAGCAUGUGCUACAGGGUGCUUUGAAUGUGUUACGAGCUGAUAUUGAGCUCAAGGAAGAUGCUCCUGGUGGGAUGGUGGAAUUUCGAAAAUCUUUGACCCUUAGCUUCUUCUUUAAAUUUUUCCUUUGGGUUUCACAUCAAAUUGAGGGAAAGAAAUCUAUUAAGGAGAGCUUAUCAUCAUCACAUUUGUCAGCUAUAAAGUCAUUUCACCGACCACCACUAGUUGCAAGUCAGGACUAUGAUAUCAAGAAACAUGGAACAUCUGUAGGUUUACCAGAGGUUCAUCUAUCGUCCAAGCUUCAGGUUACUGGGGAGGCAGAAUAUACUGACGACACAGCGAUGCCUCCUAAUGGUUUGCAUGCAGCAUUAGUUUUGAGCAAAAAGCCUCAUGCACGAAUAUUAUCCAUAGAUGAUUCGGGUGCCAAGUCUUCACCUGGAUUUGCCGGCAGCUUCUUUGCCAAGGAUGUUCCUGGUAGUAAUAAAAUUGGACCAGUUGUCUUGGAUGAGGAGCUAUUUGCUUCAGAAUUUGUCACUUGUGUGGGGCAGGUUAUAGGAGUUGUUGUGGCUGACACUCAUGAAAAUGCAAAACUAGGAGCAGCAAAAGUUCAUGUGGAGUACGAAGAGCUCCCUGCAAUCUUGUCAAUAGAGGAUGCAGUCAGUGCAAAAAGUUUUCAUCCCAACUCACAAAAGAUUCUGAGAAAAGGGGAUGUUGAACUCUGUUUCCAAUCUGAUCAAUGUGACAUGAUCAUAGAGGGAAAAGUUCAAGUGGGUGGUCAGGAACACUUCUACUUGGAGCCCCAGAGCAGCUUAGUUUGGACAAUGGACGGUGGCAAUGAAGUUCAUAUGAUUUCAUCCACUCAAGCCCCUCAGAAGCACCAGAAAUAUGUUUCUUGUGUUCUUGGUCUUCCAAUGUCAAAAGUAGUUUGUAAAACUAAACGGAUUGGUGGUGGAUUUGGUGGAAAGGAGACUAGAUCAGCUUUCCUUGCUGCUGCUGCUGCUGUCGCAUCUUAUCUGAUGAAUAGGCCAGUGAAAUUAACACUAGAUAGAGAUAUAGAUAUGAUGACAACGGGGCAGCGCCAUAGCUUUCUUGGAAAGUACAAGGUCGGAUUUACAGAUGAGGGAAAGGUGCUGGCUUUGGAUCUCCAAAUCUACAAUAACGGUGGAAAUUCACUGGACCUGUCUCUUGCUGUAGUUGAACGUGCUAUGUUUCACUCAGACAAUGUCUAUGAGAUACCACAUGUCAGAAUUUUUGGAAGUGUUUGUUUCACUAAUUUUCCAAGUAACACUGCCUUCCGUGGGUUUGGUGGUCCUCAAGGUAUGCUUAUAGCUGAGAAUUGGAUUCAAAGGAUUGCUUUGGAACUUAAAAAGAGUCCAGAAGAGAUUAGGGAGAUUAACUUUCAAGGUGAAGGAUCAAUAUUGCAUUAUGGUCAACGACUGGAAUAUUGUACACUGGCUCAGAUGUGGAAUGAGCUGAAAUCAGCUUGUGACUUUCUGAAGGUUCGAGAAGAAGUCAAUGAAUUUAAUCUUCACAACCAGUGGAAGAAGCGUGGUGUUGCUAUGAUUCCAACAAAAUUCGGCAUAUCCUUUACGACUAAGUUCAUGAAUCAGGCAGGAGCUCUUGUUAAUGUCUACACUGAUGGAACUGUUUUAGUUACCCAUGGUGGCGUUGAGAUGGGGCAAGGUUUACAUACAAAAGUUGCUCAAGUUGCUGCGUCUGCAUUCAAUAUCUCUCUCAGUUCUGUCUUUAUAUCAGAGACAAGUACUGACAAGGUUCCUAAUGCUUCUCCAACGGCAGCUUCUGCUAGUUCUGAUAUGUAUGCAGCUGCGGUUUUGGAUGCAUGCAAGCAGAUAAAGGCACGGAUGGAGCCUAUUGCUUCUCAACGCAAUUUUAGUUCUUUUGCUGAGCUGGCCACUGCCUGUUACUUGGAGCGAAUAGACCUUUCUGCCCAUGGAUUUUAUAUUACGCCUGAUAUUGGCUUUGAUUGGAGCAUCGGUAAAGGAAAGCCAUUCAAUUAUUUUACCUAUGGGGCUGCAUUUGCUGAAGUUGAAAUUGACACAUUGACUGGAGAUUUCCACACAAGAACAGCUAAUAUUUUCAUGGAUCUGGGAUAUUCUCUCAAUCCAGCAAUUGAUGUUGGCCAGGUUGAAGGAGCAUUUAUCCAAGGUCUGGGUUGGGUUGCCUUGGAAGAACUUAAGUGGGGAGAUGCAGCUCAUAAAUGGAUUCGACCUGGCUGCUUGUAUACAUGUGGGCCUGGAAGUUACAAAAUUCCUUCUCUAAACGAUAUCCCGUUUAAGUUCAGCGUUUCUCUAUUGAAGGGUCAUCCAAAUGUAAAAGCCAUUCAUUCAUCUAAAGCUGUUGGUGAGCCUCCAUUUUUUCUGGCUUCAGCAGUUCUUUUUGCCAUCAAAGAUGCCAUUAUAGCUGCUAGAGCAGAAACAGGACAUACCGAGUGGUUUCCGCUUGACAAUCCUGCAACACCUGAACGAAUCAGGAUGGCAUGUCUAGAUGAAUUUACAGCACCAUUCAUAAGCUCGGAUUUCCACCCCAAGCUUAGUGUUUGAGAUGGUAGUUGCAGUCGAAGUCGCCGUUCAUUAGUACCAUUGCAGGCAUAGUUUCUGAUUAUGCCCUGAUGUUCAUUAUUCAGUAAUUAUAUGUAGUCCAGUCUCAUGUGGCAAGGCAUAAUUUGAAGUAAAAUAAAUUUAUGAGAUACAUUUGGACAAAAAUCCUUGUCCAUACAUACAGAGAUCAUAGGAUUUGUCAACUGUACGUAUUUUAGCCAAAGAAAAAAAAAUAAUUAUUCUAAGAUAUUCAAAGUUUGAUGACCAAACUGAUUGCGGAAUUUGAUAAUUUAAUGUCCAUUAGUUUCUAGAAGGAAAUUAUGAUAGCUUAGUAUGGUAACAAAUUUGCCUUGACU